AUGGCUUCCACCGGUUCCGGGGACCCCAGCCUGGCAGGUCUGUUCCCUCGCGCCGUAGCCACUCCAGGUGAGACGCGUGGUCCCGCCGCGACCCUGGAGCCCCCGUUCCUGGACAUCUACUGCGGGGAUGCAAAGCUCUGGGAGGCGCACUUCCGCGGCAUCGGGCGCGCCUACUGCGCGCUGGGCAAGGAGGACGACUUCGCCAUCCGCGUGCUCACGGAGGACUUCACGCUGCCUUUUCCUUUCGCCUGGCCCCCGGGGCCCGACCCGGCCCGCGGGCCGCGCUUCUACGACCCGCGCGACCGCACGGGCUUCGACUUCCUGCUGCGGGGCCCGGCCGCGCCGCCCCCCGCGCUGCUGCGGCCCCUGCACAACACGGCGCAGGCGGCGGCGCGCAGGCGGCGCCUGGAGCAGCUGGCGCGGAGCACGUGCACGCGGCUGCCGGCCCCCGGCCCGGCCCCGCGCUGCCCCUGCCCGCGCCCACCGGCGGCAGCGCCUUCCCGGGGCCCGGGGGGCCUGAGGCCGCCUCCCCCGGCGGGGGCGCCCCCAGGCUGGGUUAGCGCGUCCCGAGAAAAUGAAUAA